AUCUGUAUUUUUUACAGCUUUAUUAUUUUCUUGAAUGAAGUGAAGACAAUGAUUUGACGUGCUCUGCAGAUUGCAGUAAUUCGGGGUAAUUGUGAUCCUUUCCUAUGGGAAAUGGGCUGCGCCUGUUCAUGCCCUCCUCCUUGUGCUUGUUCUGGUGCACCAGUACCGGAACCGGAAAUACCACAGCUCCCCGUUGACUUGUAUGAUCCAAGGACUCUCUACGAAGACAAGGAUUUCCCAGCAACAUCGGCUUCGUUAUACACGUCAUCAGAAAAAAGAGAAGAAAUAGGAAAGCUGAACAUCUCUUGGAAGCGUCCCAAAGAAAUCUCAGAAAACCCGCAUUUGCUCGUCGACGGAAUUUCCGGCGGCGAUGUAAAGCAAGGAUCUCUCGGAGAUUGUUGGUUUCUCGCUGGAUGCGCAUCGAUCGCAUUUGACAAGAAAUUGAUGGGAAUGGUUAUAAGAAACAAUGUCGAUUUGGCAUCCGACGAAUACGAUGGCAUGCUGACGAUCACCUUCUGGUGGUACGGCAAAUGGAGAACUGUCACUAUCGACGAUCGACUGCCGUAUCUCGAGAUGGGGGACGAGAAACGACUGCUGUUCGCCAGAUGUGUGCAGCCCGACGAAUUCUGGCUCCCGAUAGUCGAGAAGGCUUAUGCCAAG